GCGAGGGAAAGAUUUUGAAACUCUCCACUUUUCCCUGCCGUGGGAGGAUGGUUUGGAGCAUUAAGCGAAGUGGAAAAUCCGGACGAAAGGCAAGUCAUCGAGCGAUCGAGUGAAACUUUGCACCGAACCGAUUGCCAUUCACCUUCAAACAAACAAACAAACAAACAAACAAACAAACAAACAAACAAACAGAUGGAUGGAUGGACGGAACAAACGGACAAAACACGAAAAUCCACGAACCAUUGACCCUUUUUCAAUCGAACGAAUGGAGCGCAAAGCGUGAAAAGGGCAUUGAGCAUUGAGUUCGCCGGCGCUGUCCAUGGAAAACUUUACAUAGCAUCAGCGAGCGAACGAGCGAGCAAUGGAGUGCAUCCGUACAUUCGUACAGGAGAUGCAUGCUGGAGGGUCCCCCCUCUGGAACGGGAACCAUUCUUCAAGAGAGCUCAUGAGGAAGGAUCGGGCUUUGAAUUCUGAUAACGGUUAAUUUUUCGCUUAACUCAUCAAAUCAUUCUCCCUGUUUUUUGGUAUCCCUCAUUGAUGAUGUUGAGGAACACGAGGAGCAGGAGGAGGAGAAGAAAGGAGGAGAAAAUGUCUGAAUAGAGCGAGGAAAGCGAGCGAAACGAGCAAUCCCCGAGUGCUCGCGCCAUGAUGAUGAUGAUGCUGCUCGAUGUUUGUUGGUUCUCGCGGUUGCUCAUCUGCCAGCAUGGUCGGCAAUCCUUGGCAGUAACCGAGGCGAGUUCCGGUUGUUUGCAGAUGUGCCGGAGACACUAGCUACAGUAAACGAGGGGGGAGGGGUGCACUGGGGAGUGGAGCUAGGGAAUGGCGGAAAGGAUAAGAUUGUUGGACAUUCAAUGUUACGUUUUUGUUUUUCGUUGUUCCGUUUGAACAUGAAUUUACAUAUUUUAUUGAAUGGUGGGUGGUGUUCGAGGAAAAGCGAGAGAAAGAGAGAGAGAGAGAGAGAGAGAGAGAGAGAGAGAGUGUAAGAAAGAAAGAUAUGAUUGGUGCACUUUUGCAGUCCGCACCACGACGAAGACCAGACCAAUUCUAUGGCCUGCAUUCGCUUCACUUUGCUUCUGUUUCCGGAAUGGCGCACGUUGCAUCAUUGGCAGAACCGUUUCCCUCGGCCUGGCGCAUCUGCUGUGUUUGCGCAUUCUGUUUAACCCCUCUGUUGGCCCUACAAACAGACGAUGAUGCCAUCCACCAUGUUACUGCAAAUACCUAACCUACCUACCGUAUCCUUCCUUCCUUUCUUUCCUUCCUUUCGGUCAUGUUUCCUGUUCCUGGAUGAUACCGCGUUUUACUCCGGGAAAAUCAAACAAUUUUCCGCAAACAACUUUCCCGGAAUUGUUUGCCGUUACGGUGGUAAAAGCUCACUGCUUUGCCCGGCCAGAGCGCGGUGAGUGCCGCUUCGAGCAAGUGUUUCCCGCCCGGUGGAGCUAGAUAAACUAAUUGCUGAUACCUGAUCUGAUCUGGGCCAAAUAAAACGGGUUGCGGGCGAGGCUGGAAGAGCACGAGACGAGUUGAGUUUCUGUUGUUUUGUAUCUUUAGUGGAAUGUUUGCCAAUUGAGAAUUGAAGGACCGAUUGGAGCAGCCACUUUGAGCCAGUUGCUCCACUUGCUGGAGAGCGGAUGAAUCACGAGUAUAGCAGCAGUGUUGAGAGUAAGCGGGAGCAGAUCAUCGUCGUAGGCAUUGGUAUGUGGCUAACUGGAUUGCAGAAUGUUGUGCAAACGAAUGACGUGAGAUGUAGCCUACUGAGAGGGGCCGUUGUUGCAAUCGCAGCUGGCUACCACGAAACGGAAACGGAAAUCAAAAGACAGACCGCAUCAAACUCAACUAAUACAAAACAUAGGAGGCGUUGGGGCGAACCCUGCAAAUUGUAGGGCGAUCAAAAUGGUUUUCUACUUUCAUUAUACACUGUUUUCUCAGAUUUCUUUUAAAAUGUAAUGCAAACAAAGAGAAAGGAAAGAGAAGGAUGGAAAACUGUAAACGAAUGAACCGAACGAAACCGUAAAGUAAGAAGAGAUUGAAAAUGUACCGCGGAAGAGAUGCCAGGACGCGUGAAAUCCGUUGUAAAAACCCAAAACACAAAAAAAAACC